CCAGCACCCAGCCCCCGAUGGCCUUUCCUGUCCCCGCCGCCGGAGCCAGCCUCGCCUCGGGACCUGCCGCCGGGACGGGUCCCUCCGCGACCCCGCCGGUUCCCGCGGUCACGCAGCCCCCGGGGCCUGUCAGCGCAGCGGGGUGUGGCGGGUACCAGCCCUGCACCAGCCUGCGCCCCGAGCCCACCCCAGCCUCCUGCCAGGACGGUCACAGCCUCGGACCAGCCACGGAUGCCGGCAGCUACGGGAACGCGUGGGGUCUGCAGCCGGCUGCCAGCCCGCCUCCGCUCCCGGCCCCGGGCCAGCCAGGACCCAGCGACCCGCGCUGUGACGUGGCCGAGCCCUCGCCACCGCCCCCCCAGCAGCGCCCCCCACUCCCCGAGCCCGCGGGCUCCCCGUGGGGUGGCCCCGGGAACAGCCCCAGGGCCGGCUCUGCCCGCAGCCUGGCCGGGAAGCCCCCGCUCCACUACUGUGACCUCUGCAAGAUCAGCUGCCCCGGCCGCCAGACCUACCUCGAGCACCUGGAAGGGCAGAAGCACAGGAAGAAGCAGGCGGCUCAGAAGACGGGCACCCGGCCUGACGGCAGCGCACACAGGGCACAGUCGCAGCUGCGCUGUGGCCUGUGCGCCGUGGCCUGCACCGGGGCAGCUGCCUAUGCCGCUCACCUCCGGGGAGCCAAGCACCAGAAGGCCUUCAAGCUGCACAGCAAGCUGGGGAAGCCCAUCCCCGCCAUCGAGCCUGUGCCGGGGAGCUCCCGCUCGGCCCCAGCAACCCACACCGCGGCCUCCACCGGCCGCAGCGCAUGCGCCAGGAGACCCGCGACGUGGAAGGCCUCGAGCGCAGGGUCCCCCAAGACGCAGGCAGCAGGCAGCAGAGCCCCAGGGAGGGCACACCCCGUAUCAGAUGGACCCUGGGAACCGCCCACCCGAGGAGGCCCUGCAGAAGCUUCUGGAAGCUGUGAUGUGCAGCCCGUGGGCCCAGGCUAUGUGGAGGAGGUGUGUAACGACGAGGGCAAGGUGAUCCGCUUCCGCUGCCGGCUGUGCGAGUGCAGCUUCAACGACGGCACCGCCAGGGACUUGCACGUGCGGGGACGGCGGCACCGGCUCCAGUACAAGAAAAAAGUGGACCCUGACCUUCCGAUUGCAGUGGCACCCAGUGCCAGGGCCCGGAAGCUCCUGGAAGAGAGGCUGAGGGAGCAGAGGCGGCUGAGCAAGCGGCGGCUGGAGGAGGCGCGGCGUUGGCAUGCCCAGAUGAGGAACUACGAAAUGUGCAAGAAGCAACUGGAGGAGGGCCCGCAGGCCCCGGAAGAGGACCCUGGACCCUCGCCGCCUGACCAGCUCUCUCCUUCCCUCCUGAGCAGGCCGGGCGCGGCCACCGGCUCAUCUCGGCCCACGCGGCGGCCGGAGUCCAGCGAUGACCGGCACGUCAUGUGGAUGCACGCUGCCAUCUACCCCACGGAGGAGGAGCUCCAGGCCGUCCAGAAGGCCGUGUCCCACGUGGAGCGCGCCCUCAAGCUGGUGUCCGACGAGCUGGCCGAGGAGAGCUCCGGGAGCCCAGAGCGGGAGGGCGGGGAGUGCAGCGGCAGCGCCCCCACAGUGCGGGUCCUGAAGGGCGUGAUGCGGGUCGGCCUCCUGGCCAAAGGCCUCCUCCUGCGCGGGGACAGGACGGUGCGGCUGAUCCUGCUCUGCUCCCAGAAGCCCACGCACGCCUUGCUGCGGAGAAUCUCGGAGCAGCUGCCCCAGCAGCUCCCGUUUGUCACAGAAGACAAGUACGAGGUGUCCUCUGACCCCGAAGCCAACAUCAUCAUCUCCUCCUGCGAGGAGCCCAGGAUGAGGGUCACUGUGUCCGUCACCUCGCCCCUGAUGCGGGAGGACCCUUCCACGGACCCAGAGGGAAGGCAGGUGGCUCAGCCUGACCCAGAGGACAUCCUGAGCCCAGAGAAGUGUCUCCAGGCACUGGCCGCCCUCCGCCACGCCAAGUGGUUCCAGGCUCGAGCCAGUGGCCUGCAGCCAUGCGUGAUCGUCCUCAGGGUCCUUCGUGACCUCUGCCAGCAAGUGCCCACCUGGGGGGCCCUGCCGGCCUGGGCCAUGGAGCUGCUGGUGGAGAAGGCCCUGAGCAGUGCGAAGGGGCCCCUGAGCCCCGGGUGCGGCCUGAGGCGGGUCCUGGAGUGCGUGGCCUCGGGAAUGCUCCUGGCAGAUGGGCCUGGGCUCCAGGAUCCUUGCGAGAGAGACCAGACGGACGCCCUCGGGUCCAUGAGCCGCCAGCAGCGCGAGGACAUCACGGCCAGUGCCCAGCACGCCCUGCGCUUGUUGGCAUUCCGGCAGAUCCACAAGAUCCUGGGCAUGGACCCUCUGCCGCCCCCCAAAAGCAGGCCGGGGGCGCGCUUCCGGAAGAGGCUGCGGGAGGCGGGCUCCGAGGCCCAGAAGGGUGAGGUCCCCAGGAAGCAGGGCCGGCGGGGGGAAGAGGGGCCUGCGUAAGCAGCCUCCCCCCUGCAUUCGCUGCUUCCUCCCAGUUCUGGACGCCACGUUUUCCUUUCUGGAUCGACCCGUGCGUUUCUUUAAAAACACUUGCGCUUAAAUCCUCCUUGAAAUCGCAUUGUCCAGGGAGAGGGCCUCCCGGGGCAGCACCGGCACCCCGAGGCCUGCCCUGCGGCGGGACAGAGGGGCAGCAUGCUGACACCCCGACAUUGCUCGCUAGCUUUGAGCUCACCCUGCGGUCCCCCAAGUGUGUGGGCUUCCAGAACGCUCCCGUGGAUGUCCCAGCCUUGCACGGACUCGAAAUCAUGGGGACAGGCCAGGCAGUGCCAGGGAUGGGGGCUGAGCCUGAAGGUGCACCCAGGCCAGGAUCCCGGGGCCCUGGGCCCAGCCUGCCCCGAACAUCCCCCCGCCCCCCGGCCUGGAGACGCCCCACUGCCGGAGCUCUGCAGGGCCUGAGCUGGCCUCUCCACAGCCAGCGCCCACCCUCAGGGGGGUGGGGGGGACCAGCGGCGGUGAGGGUGCAGGCUGGGAGCACCCCUGCCACCCAGAAACGUGUGGGACCCACAGCCUGCCCUGACCCCGAACCACCGAGUGCCUUCUACCUGAAGCAGGAGCCGCUCUGCCACUCCUUACGUGCCCCGCCCCCACCCUGGUGCCUCGGGUCUGGGGGCCAGACCUGGUGCAGGGCCGCUGGAGGGUGAGGGAUAGCCCUGCCAUGCCCCCUCCACCCCCUGCAGCACCUUGGACCAAGGCCGACUGUGGUGGGUCAGGUGAUUCCUUCAGUUUCAUUUCUUACUUAGGGGACAGUCUGAGUGUGGCUUCAUGCUGAUGUGUCCGUAGCCACCCACACGUCGGCAGGGGCCAGGAAUAAAACAACAUCUCGUGGU